CUCGUGCUUUUUCGCUGUGUGUGUGUGUCUCUCUCUCUUCGAAACAACGAGCAUUUUCAGUGGAUUCAGGGACGAAAAAGGGCCCGCUUUGGCUCUUUUCAGGAUUUGAUGUUCUGUCUCACCUGCUUUGGGAAUCAUCUGCCCAAUGAAAUUCCUACGAUUGGUUUUUCCCAGCUCAUUCUUCGGAAAGAAUCAGUUGAAGAAAUUAUUGGAAAGCAAUGUGUCCGUGGAUAAACAGAAUGAAGAAAAUAAAUCUUCUGAAAGCAAUGUCUGUAUACCUAAACAGGAUGAACCAACGCAGUCUUUGGGAGACAAUGUCUCAUUGUGCGAGCAGAAUGAAUUGGAUCAAUCUUUGGAUAGCAAUUUAUCCAUGCCUAAACUGGAUGAAAUGGAGCAGUCUUUGGGAAACAAUGUCUCUGUGGCUGAACGGAAUGAAAUGGGGCAGCUUUUGGGAAACAAUGCCUCCGAGGCUGAACUGAAUGAAAUGGUGCAGUCUUUGGAAAGUGAUGCCUCCAUCCUUAAACAGAAUGAACUGAAAUUGUCUGCGGAAAGCAUGCCUAAAGACCCUGGUGCUGCUGUAACAUCCAAAAGCAUGGAAGCUAUGACAGAUGAAACUUUUGUAGAGAAUCCAACAUUCCUUGGGUCCAUCCAGAAUUCUUCCAGUGAUUUGGAUGAGUCAUUUAAAAUUUCAUCUGGUUUCAAUGAAACAACUGGUCCAAUAGUAAAUACCACACCAGCUGGGACAGGGAAAAAAACAAAGAAAAAGAAGAAAAAGAACCAGAAGUCACGGAAAAAGCAAAAAGAUACUCCCCCUGGGACUGUUAAUGUACCUGAUUGUACUGUGAUGGCAGAUUAUCAAACACCCAGAGAUGGAAUGCAGAAUCCAAGUUAUGAUCUACUUGCACCCAAAUAUGAUACAGGAUGCUCAGCAGUUAUUCCUAAGUCUGAAGGGUCAUCGAUACAGUUUUCAAAAAUUGGUGAUCAUGGAUUUGUUCAUAAUGACCCAAAAGAGAGUUCAGAUGUAGUUGUUAUGAAGGAUAAAUGCCUAGCUUGUAAGACAGUUGAUGAUACUGGCAAUCCCAAGUUGAGUGGGAAGCGCAAAAGUGCUAUAAAAACCAUUCCAACUUCUGCAGCUGAUACAGCAUCCACAGGCUGCAAAACUACAUUAGUAUGUUCUGGGGAAGCAAUAAAGUCUGAAACUAAAUCCUUGGAUGAAUUAUCUUACUACCAUAAAGUUGACAGUGAAGAAGUUAAUAGAGAUGUCAAUAUUGAGAAUGCACUGCGUGAUGUAAAUGUUGGUUGUGGGGGAACGAUCCAUGCUUUGAUUGAUCCUUUAAGACCAAGCUUUACAAAUAGCCAGAAGCAAUCAAGAAAGGAUAAUGCUCGUUACAUAUGGCAAGAGUCAAAGGAAAACGGUGGAGGAAGACUGGCGGAUGACAGGAGUUAUAACUAUCAACAACCAUCCAUGAAUGCCAAUUCACCAGGUAUGAGUAAACUGCGAACCCUGCAGUGUAUUGAAGGAUACCAAAUUGAGCAAAUUAUGGAUAAAUCUCAGAUUAUUGGUCAUGAAUUGCAAAGAGUGGAACAUAUACUGCAACUGGAAUCACAAGGAAGUGUUUCUCAGCAAAAGCUCUCUUGGGCAAUUGUGUCACUGUUCAUAAAAGGGGAUCAUGCUCUGAGUACCAAUAAGCAUAUCCCUGAAUUAGGUCAUGCAAAUGAUAGACAUGUUAGCUGUUUUGAUGAAACAGAAAGUUAUUAUGCAUCUAACAAUCUAGCAGCAGGAAAUUCCAAAUGUAUCGGUGCAGAAACUGCAUCUGGCAAUCUAGCAGCAGAAACUUUCAGAUUUAUCGGUGCAGAAAUGGCUGUUCAGACCCUGAACACUGCAUAUAUGCUGCAAUUGGCAUCCAACAGUUUCCCGUUUGUGACUGGCAGACAAAUUGCUGAGUUUGAGAGGCUGCUUUUUUCUGUUUCGCCCGUUAUUAUUAAUUCUUUUGUUUUGCAGCAUGGUUGGGAGUCUAUUGGAUAUGAACCAACAUCAAUUCCCUGUUGCAAACUGAAAAAUCUCAAAAUUAAGUUACAAGACAUAUGGAGUUGGUAUGAAGAUUCUUCUUGUUAUGGAUUGAGACUAAAGGCUGAAGUUCCUCAAAAGAUUAGAAGGAUGGGAAUGGUUUCCAUAGCCCAUUUUUGCCCUUUUCUCUCUGCAGUGCAAUUAUUUGCCUCUUCCCGCCAAUCUUUACUGGGUAGCAGCCAAGUAAACGUCAGCUGUGAAAUGCCAGGAGGAAGUCGAACAGCACAAAGUGCAUUUUUAACUAUUUCAUGUCCUGAACCAACAGAAGAUGUGCCUCUUUCAGAUGUUUUUGAUUUAAUGGUCAAGUACAUGAAACCAGUUGAUAUGGAUUUUUCAAGUGGAAAGAACUGCUCCAUCGCAAAUUCUCCACUUGACACUUUUGAUGCUCCAGAACUGAUAUUUGAAUAUUUUGAACAUGAACGACCACAUGAAAGGAAGUCACUCUAUGAGAAAAUAAAGGAGCUAUCUAAGUAUGACACUUAUAAUCCUCAAGUAUAUGGUGAUCCAUCCAAGUUGGUACAUAUGGAUCUGCAAGAUCUCCACCCAACAUCUUGGUUUGCGGUUGCUUGGUAUCCUAUAUAUACAAUUCCUGAUAAAGGUACUAAUCUUCGUGCUGCAUUCUUGACAUAUCACUCUUUUGGUCAUCUAGUUCUGAGACACAUACAGUCAGAUGCUUUGGGGGGCAAUGCCUUUUGUGCUGUCGCCCCAGCACUUGGAAUGCAGACCUACAAUGCAAAGGAGGAGGGCUGGUUAGAUGUGACCACUCCACCAGAAUCACUACUAGAAGUUGGGAUUAACCUUGAUAGUACCAGAAUUGUGGAAGAAAGAGUAAGGGCUCUCCAGGAAACUGCUGUACUCUAUUCCACUGGGAAUGUUCGCAAAAACCAGAAAACAGUCUCUAACAGGCUCAGGCACCGAGAUUUUGAGUUUUUUUCUUCCCGGAGUCUGUGAUGUCCUGUUAAUUCAUCUUUCACUUUCUACCAUUCCCAUCUCCUCAUUGCUCAGUUUUGAACUUCCUUUUUGUUAGUUUAAACAACAGAGAACAUCAAGAUAAAAGUUAGAGAUAUAGGUGAUGAACAGCAUGACAGUAAAUGAAAGUCAGGCGGGCCUUGUAAACAAUUAGACAUUGGUGGCCUCAUGUAAAAAAACAUAUGUAAACAUGUUUGUAGAAUUGUAGCUGUAAUUGUAGCUUGGCUGAUAUCAGUCAACUCUAUUGUUAACUUUUCUCCUUGAAUAUAAUUU